AUGAGCAGUGGGGCUGCGAUAAAAGCUUGGUUGGUGGUGGCAAGCAUCGGUACAGUUGAGGCGCUUAAAGAUCAAGGUGUAGCAAGAUGGAAUGGCCCUCUCAAGGCACUUCACCAUCAUGCGAAAACGAAGAUUGUUUCUUCUUAUAAUAAAUCGAUUUCUGAUGGGUCUAUCAGAUCCCUCUUUGUUGGUGCGGAGUCGUCUUCUUCAUUGUCGGCGGCAGAAGCGGCUGGUAAAUACAGUUCGAAGAAAACAAAAGCAGAACGAAUGAAGAAGGUUAUGGAUAUGAACUGUUUUGGCCCCAAUACUGUUAGAUUUUAG